CCGUGCCUGGUUAAAGAUUAAGGAGGUUCCCGUAAAUCAGCCGGACACGGCGGGCGAUGCGGGGGCAGCCGUGGGGGACGGGCASGGGCGUGCCGGGACAGCCGGGAUGMGGCCCCGCGUCCCGUUUUGCUGCCGUCAGGCUCCCCAUGGGUGGUGGGAGUCCGGCGCUGUCACCCACCGCMCCCGGGACCUCGGGGUGACGGGGGUCCCCGGCCACCCCAGGCCCGUGUGUCCCCACCCACCCGUGCCGGGGGCGCGGUCGGAGAACCUGGUCCCGCCCGCCCAGAGGCGUGUCCCCACGGAGCCCAUCCCGGUGGCACCGGGCACUGAUCACCAUGGCCGGGCGGAUCGCCAAGGAGCUGGAGGAGGUGCGGCUCUGGGAGAGGGCCCGCGACGUGCGGCUGCUGAAUGGGAACCUGCGGCGCUGGGAGGGCAUCCUGCUGCCCAACAACCCCCCAUACAACGCGGGCGCCUUCCGCUUCGAGCUGACCUUCUCCCCCCACCACCCGCUGGAGCCCCCCUGCGUCACCCUCCGCACCCCCAUCUACCACCCCAGCGUGGACRCCGAGGGCCGCGUGUGCCAGCCGCUCACCGCCCGCCAGCACUGGGARCACACCACCCGCGCCAUCAAAGUGCUGCAGGACCUGCUGCUGCAGCUGGACAGCCCGGAYCCUCAGCGGGUGCUGCGGCCGGACGUGGCCCGGGAGCUGCAGGAGCGCCCCGAGGAGUUCCGGCRCCGGGCGGAGGAGCACACGCGGCUCCACGCCGAGCCGCGCCCCGACCCCCGUGCAUAAGGCAAUGAAUUCUCUCCAUCACCUGCUCUGGCUCCCUGGUGCGUCACUGGGAGGGUGAGGGGCCCCGGGAGUUGUGUCACCCUCCCGGCGGCAGAGCCAGGCAGUGCCCAGCACUCAGACACUUGCUCGGUGCCAGCGUUCCUCUGUCCAGAGAUGAGGCCAMCGCUGCCUGGCAU